AUGGCAAAAUCCCAUGCCAUCCUGCUUGGUCUUCUGGCUAUCAUGGACAGUUUAAGUGGUGUAAUUGGAUUGGAUCGAGGACUAACAUUCUCGGCGGCACAAAGCCAGGGUUGCCAAUGCUCCGCGACGAUUUUGCCUCACCUGGGAAUUGGUAUACCCAGUGGAUCCAUAGAUUUGGGAGCUACCUUGGAUGGAACUUCGGUGGGCUCGUUCUCCAUUAACCCCUUGACACCGCCUACAUAUUGUCUUCCUGUGAUCUCACUGGCAUCUUUGGACGUGUGCCUGAAAUAA